UUUUGAUUGAGCAUUAAACUGUCUCACCACGACAGCUAAGACCAGUUCGUAACAAAAAUCAUACAUUUUUCAUCAUAAAAUUUGUCAUAUUGUCACGUGGUAUAAUCCGUGUAUUUGGUUGAAUCAGGACAAAUGAAAUACUAGACUAUUUUCUGUAUCAGGGACUCAACAUUAAAAAAACAGAAUGGCGGAAUUUAAAAUUGCAAUUUUUAGCUUAGUCCUUCUAGUCAUCGCAUCAGUUGAAGCCAACAACAGACAUAAGCGACAAGCAUGGGGAACUGGCCCCAGUUUUCGCAUAACUGAUGGAGUCCCUGUGAACCACCAGAGCCCGCCUAGCAAAAAAGAUCCACCACCGCCACCAAAACCCUCCUCCCCCAAAAAAGGUCAACAAAAUCCAUGGAUGACCGGAAGUGGAACCGGUAACAAUGGCAUGGACCUUAUGAACAUGAUGGGAGGAGGAGGAGGCAUGAACUUUGGUGGAGGACGUAACACUGGCAUGGGCGGCUCUGGAGCAGGACGAGGUAAUACAGGGUCUCAAAACAGGUGGGAUCACCCACCGCCACCAGGGCAACAUCCGCCGCCGCCGCCUCAAAAUCAUAGGAAUUCACAACCACCACCACCGCUGCCACAACAGAAUUGGAAUCACCCUCCGCCACCUCAAAACCAUUGGAAUCAUCCCCCACCCCCUCAAAAUUGGCACCAUCCACCUCCCCCUCUCCCAGUAAAUCCUGCCCCGAAAAAACCAGCUGCCGAUGUUGCAGGUACUUUGGCUGCAUUACGACGACAAUUAAUGAUGGGAAUUGGUAUAGAUACACCAGACCACAAGAAGGGAUUUAAUCCAGCUCCAGUAGAACUUCUCCACUAUGGAUGUCCACAUGAACUACCUGUCCAGCAAUGCGUUGUAAAUCCAUGCCCAAUAAGAUGUAAAAGAUUCCCAAUGGCAAAAUGCUACACAAAUGCUUGCGGAGGCUGUGCACCAGAAUGGAUACAGAAUGGCAUGAAAAUUAUUGACUGUGAUUAAAGUAUGAGUCCUAUAUAAAAAAUGAUUUUGACUGUCAGUGCGGAAUGGUGGACACAAAAAAACAAUUAAAGUGCGAAUGUUUUGUUUGUUCAGUCUCCAGACUGUGUCAUGUAGUUGUGUUUAAACAACUAUCCACGUUUUGUUACCCGAUGAAAUAUUUUAUUAUAUUUUGUAUCCAAAAACAAUAGAGAAAUUAUAAUGUUUUACAGUAUCUUUAACAUGUUUGAUAUGCAACAGUAUGCUUCUGACUUUCUAAUCAUUCAAAAUCAAUACGAGAAAUAUGAAAUUAAAACCACUGGAUCUUUCUUCUUUAUUUCUAUCCAAUGUUUGAAUAUAUUAUUAAUAUAUUUAUAUAUUUUCUAUAUUUCAUACUGGGGAGAUUAUGUAAUUCACUCAAGGCGUAUAUAUGUACAUAAACAUGUAUUUCUUUAA